AUGGAAAAGCAACCUACGCCCCCUCCAGGGGGGACUGUUGACCUGGACAUGGUCAAGGUCCGAUCUCAUCUCGAUGCUCGUGAUGUGGACAUUGGCCAAGUUCUGGAAACGCAUGCGACUCCUGAGAUGGAAAGAAAAGUCCUUUGGAAACUUGAUCUCUAUCUCAUUCCCCUGAUGGGAUUUUGUUACAUGCUUCAAUAUAUGGAUAAGUUGGCCCUGAGCCAGGCUACGCUAUUUAACCUAACAGAAGACCUUCAUCUCAAAGGCAAAGAAUACAACUGGGCGUCUGCAGUCUUUUACUUUGGAUAUUUCGCCUGGAGUUGGCCCAGUUCCUACCUCAUUGUUCGCCUCCCCCUUGGAAAAUACUUGAGUGUCGCGGUGUUCCUUUGGGGUGGUAUUCUCAUGUGCCAUGCUGCAUGCAAGUCUUUCAGUGGCUUGAUGGCAGCGCGAUUCUUCCUAGGAGUGGGAGAAGCCUCAAUUGCCCCCGGCUUUGCCCUGAUCACUGGAAUGUUCUAUAAAAGAGAAGAGCAGCCCGCCCGACAGGCAGCGUGGUUCAUUGGAAACUCCAUCGCAUCGGUGAUUGGUGGCCUAGUCGCAUACGGAAUUGGGUUGAUCCACAAUCACUCGGUGAACAGCUGGCAGCUCCUCUUCUUGGUUCUGGGAGCCAUCACCUCUGGAUAUGGAUUGAUUCUUUUCGUUUUCCUUCCUGACUCGCCCGCCAAGGUGAUGUUCUUCAACAAAACUGAAAAGUCAGUUGCGCUGCAACGAACUCUUCAGAACAAAACUGGUGUGAUGGAUACUGGUAAAUUCCGAUGGGGUCAGGUCCUCAUGGCCAUUAAGGAUCCCCAGACUUGGUUCCUUGUUCUUUACACUCUGUGUGUCAACUUCUGCAACGGUGGAAUUACCAGUUUCUCGUCUAUCAUCAUCGCCGGCUUUGGGUUCUCGAACCUCAAGGCCCUUUUGAUUCAAAUGCCCCUGGGUGCUGCUCAACUCGUUUUCCUGCUUCUGACAUCUGGCUUUGCAACAUACGUCAAGCAAACCCGUAUCUUAAUGAUGAUUCUGAAUGCACUCGUCUCAGUCAUCGGAAUGAUUCUUAUCUGGAAGCUCGAUAGCCACAACCGUGCCGGCAGGAUGACCGGCCUCUGCUUGGGCGCAGUUUUUGCUGCUAACAUCCCUCUUUCACUGAGUCUUAUCAGUUCGAACGUUGCCGGCUUUACUAAGAAGAGUACUGUUAGCGCCUUGAUGUUCGUGGCAUACUGUGUGGGUAACAUUGUGGGCCCUCAGUUUUUUAUCCCAUCGGAGAAGCCCGGAUACCCCACUGGUAUCAAGGCCGCCAUGUCAGGCUUGGUGCUCGGAAUCUUCUUUUUGAUUUGUCUCUACGUAUAUUACAUGUGGGAGAACCGUCGUCGUGACCAGUUGUACGGGUCCCCAAGACAGUUGACCGAGGCAGAGGAAUUGCAGGACGAGCUGUCCAACAAGACGGACGGGGAGAUAGACAGCUUCAGAUACGUCCUGUAA